UCUAAGCGAGAGGUGGAAUAUUUUAAUUUAGACUGCUCUAUUCCUGGCAGCUCUUUCUUUACCAAAGCAACUAGCAGCCACAGGAAUCAUGACCGAGUGGACUUUACUCAAACGUCUCCUGGAUGCUGUCCAUCAUCACUCCACUAUGAUCGGACGCCUAUGGCUCACAGUCAUGGUUAUUUUCAGGCUGCUCAUUGUUGCUGUUGCUACAGAGGAUGUGUAUACGGAUGAACAAGAAAUGUUUGUUUGCAACACUUUACAGCCAGGAUGUUCAACUGUUUGCUACGACACAUUUGCACCCAUCUCACAGCCUCGGUUCUGGGUGUUUCACAUAAUCAGUGUAUCCACUCCGUCACUUUGCUUUAUCAUUUACACAUGGCAUAACCUGUCCAAGCUACCACAGAAUAGUUCUCAGAUGCUGGGAAAUCGACCAAGGCAUAAAGCCAUUGAUGUAAAGCAAGAGGAAAGACAAGAGACAUUCAACUGCAGCUGUGACUCGGACAGUUGCUCAAUCCACUCCCAUAAGCAUCUAGGUCACAGCCUAGCAGAUGUGCUGGAGGACCUCACUACUAAGAACAUUCAGAAAAAGGACCUAAACAAUACAGUGAACUUGAUCCAUCCCCAAACCUGCACCUUCAGAGAGGGCACUGAGGUAGCUCAAGUUGGUUCUGGUGGAGUUCUGUCCAAAUGUUACAUUUUCCAUGUUUGUCUGAGGGCUGUCUUGGAGAUUGGCUUUGUCUUGGCCCAGUGGAAGCUGUAUGGCUUCCAUGUACCUGUCCAAUUUCUUUGCACUUCUUCCCCAUGCAGGCAACCGGUGGACUGCUACAUAUCCAGACCCACAGAGAAGACUAUCUUCCUCCUCUUUAUGUUCUGUGUAGGAGUUUUCUGCAUUAUGCUGAACCUCCUGGAAUUAAAUCAUCUGGGUUGGAAAAAGAUUCGUCAUGUAUUGAGGGAUGUGACCAGCACUACCUCUCUACCCACUCUGGACCUGGUGGUGGGUCAUCAGCCUGAUUGGAGCUGUGCACUUAGCCGUGAAGUUGUGGAAGUAGAAGUCAGGCCUGGACAAGCAAAGAGAUCUGACUCACAUAAAUAUGAGAGGCAGCUUCUGAAGACCAAGAAGGAGAUUGAAAGGUGCAAACAGAGGAGUGCUGAGGUCUGGAUAUAGACAAAAAUGGACAAAAAUGCCUGCUGCUGUGGAAUGUGAGCUAGCUCAUUUACAAUAUUUAACUUACAGUUAGCUUUAAGACACUUGUUAUGGUAGCUUUUACAGUUUGAGAUGGCAACUAAAUGGCAUGGGUCAAUGUAAUGUGAGGCAAAUUUAAUUAAGCAUAACCUUUCUGUGAAUGUUUGGUACUAGUAUUUAAUGUGUCUUUGUGCUUAUAAACCCAGGCGGGACCAUCUACAGGUUUUUCAAUAUUUGUGAGCAGAGGGACUGACAAUAAUAUCCCAAUGGCCUUAAGGUUUUCUUCUUUUAAGUAGUCGACAUCUUAAUUUCAGAUGAGUUUGGGAUCAUGUCCUUGUAUUUUGAACAACACAACUAAUUAUAUAAAAAAUAUCAUAGCCUUGAUCACUGGGAUUAAUAUUUGUAUUCUCUCUCCAUCAGUGUUUUUAGGCUGGAAUAUUAUUUUCCAUUUAAUAAAAUAUUUUUUGUGAAACUUAGCAUUUCUAGUAUUCCUGCAGUCACUAUUAUUUUUGAUGCUGGUUUCUAAUUCUCAGAGAUUUAACUUUGAAUUUCCAUGUGUUUCACAGAGUCAUGAAAAUAUUUUGUUCGUCUUAUGUCUGGAGAAAAUUAAAAAUAGAUGAUUUGUA